GGCAACAAGUUUUGGCCUGUUGUAUCAGCAUUACCACAUUAUUCAUGAUAUAGCCUCCACCAGCAAACAUAUUACAUAUAUAUAGAUGUACAUAUAGUACCAAUGAAGAUAGUAUGUAUGUAAACAACGGUCGAAAAUCGCGUCAAAAUUAUCUGUAGACAAUAAGACAGUCAUAAAAAAGAAGAAAGAAAUAGUCGGAUGUAUAUAUUCGAGUCGAAAUGUUAUUAUACAGUGACUUUUAAAUAUAUAAUAACCUACUGAACAUUCAAAUGCUAGAUUUGUUUGAAAAUUGCUCACGUCAUAAUUUUUCCGGAUUUUAUACCAACUUCAAAAUUACUAGGAAUAAAUUAGAAACAAAAGAAGAGGUCUAAAACGGCAGUCGUCGACAAACCCUGAAAUUACCCUAGCAGUAAUGCUAUUCAUUUAGUAGUUAUAUAACAUGACAUAUACGUUAAGAAACAGCGUUUUUUCUAUAAAACGUAUACAUUAAAAAAUCGAUUUCAAAUUAAAAACAAGUCCAAGUUUUUAAUAUAACAUAUGGUCGAUGUCAUAUCUUCAUUACGGAAUUAAUUCUUUUUUAAAUUACUUUGUUCACAAAGCAGUUUCUUUAAUUUGAAUGUAAGGAGAUGUAAUGUGAAAAUGGAUGUGAAAAGCAAAUGGGACGAACGCAUUGAACGUGACGAGGAAUUCGCGGAAUUUAUGGUUAGUCAUUCGACUCGCAAGAAAAAUGCGCAGAUCUCUGUAAAUACUCGUCAAAAAGGAAAUGAUCUUUACAUUAAAGAAAAACACAAUGAAAGUAUUCACAAGUCCAUACUGUGGUACUUCUCGAAAAGCAUAGCUUUUGCACCAACAAAUUCUGAAGAAUUAGCUGAAAGCUAUUAUAGUAGAUCUACUAUUUUGAGUCAUAUACAUCGUUUUAAAGAAUGCUUAGUUGACAUUGAAAGAGCAAGUAAACUUACUAAAUCUAUUGAGUUAAAAUCCAAACUUGAAGCUCAAAAAAAUAAAUGUUUAUCAUUAAUGAAUUGUCAAAAUCUGAAUGAACAGAAAUCACAAGGAUUUAAUUUUAAUGAUAAGCAACAGCCACCAAAAUUACCUCAGAUGGCACAAUCUGGAGUAUUACCCAAUGUUUCUGAAGCUAUAGCUUUAAUGUUCGAUGAAACAUUUGGUAGACACUUUAUUGCAACUAGAGACAUUAAACCUGGAGAAGUUAUUAUUAUUGAAAAUAGUUAUAUUGCUUUUCCAAACAACAAGCAAAAAUACAUUAUUUGUUCUCACUGCUUGCAAUUUUCUUGGAAUGGAAUUCCAUGUGAAAAUUGUACUAUUUCAAUGUACUGUACUGAGUCUUGUAAAAAAGAAUCUUGGAAGCAAUAUCACAACAUAGAAUGUACUAUUUCUUCAUAUAUACCAAUCAUGCAUAUUGAUCAUAACAAUGCUAUAUCUGAUGUUACAAUUGCAAUAAGAUUAUUCAUUAAAGCAGUUAAUAAGGAAGGUCUUCACAGUGUGUUAAAUGAGGCAGAAGCUAUUGAUAGAGCACGAAAAACAAAUUUAACCCUAUUAUUUAGUGAAGUUUUGGAAUAUGAUACAUUUCGAUCUCUUUAUAAUUUAUCAAACAAUGUACAAAAUACUGACGAGAAAGAUAAAGUUGGUGAUGCAUUACUCUCAAAAAUCAUACAGCUAUUAUCAAGGUAUACAAAUAUUUUUAAUGAGAAGAAAAAUGUAAACAAUGAAGUUGAUGAUGAUUUUCAUGUAAAAAUCAAACAAAUAUUGCAUAAUAUAAGACAUGUCAUAGAUAUCAAUGCUUUUCAGUAUCAAGGUUCCAUCUGUAUUUGUCAAGAUUUAAAUUCUGAGUGUACGUGUGACUCAAACAGAGGAGCUGUUAUUGCUCCUUUUAGUAGUUUUAUUAACCAUAGCUGUGCUUCUAAUGUUAGCAGAUUAUUUUUGCCAAAGAAUAGAAUUGUUAUGUUUACCAUUGCUCCUGUUAAAAAAGGCGAUCAGCUAUAUGAUAGUUAUGGACCAUCAUUAAGAAUGGAUAGAUCAAUAAGACAGAAAAUUUUGCAAGAAAAUUUUUACUUCACAUGUAAAUGUAAAGUAUGUAAUGAAAAUUGGCCAACUUUGAAACAACUGGAACUAGUUGUUGACCCAGUAAGUGAAUCUAACAUCAUAUCACAAGUUUUGGCUGAAUUUAAAAAGUAUUAUCCUAAUGUCUCAGAAAAAUUUAUGUUUCAAGAAACAGAGACUGUUUGGCCAUUGAAUGAAGAGUCAUUGAAAAAGAUGAUAAAAAUGUGUGAACUUAUUUACAAGUACUGUAAUAAUCCUAUAAAAUCUUUCUUACUUAGUUCUUACUACAGAUAUUUUAUUGAUAGAAUAUUUUAUAAAUUAUAUGGAGAAGAUUGUAGAAUUCCUAGUAACUGUUUUGAUAUGUAAUUUUAUUUUAUUUUAUUUUAAUUUUUUUAAGAUACUGUGAGAUAUAUUCUUCUUUUUAAUUUGUUUAUUAUUUUAAAAGCAUAUAGUUUUUGUAGCCUUUUUUAUUUAUAAAUUAUUGCAGGAAAUAAGUUGUUUCAUAGUUUAUUUUAUAUUUUCAUAUGCUGUAAGA